GGAAGACUGAGAUCUGGCGAGCAGCUGCCUGCAAUCGGGGAGCUUGGCAUUGUGGGAUAGUGGCUGACUGACGGGCUGAGGAUGGGAGGAGUAUUCGGGCAGAGGUCUGUCUGGUAACUGGAAUGGGUGCGACAGGAUCCACACAAUGGCACAGAUAGAGAAGAAGGGAGGACUUCUCCGGAAAGCAUCGUCCACCAAAAAACCCCUGAAAGAGAAGGUGGUUUUAAUGUAUGAUGAAAUCUUCAAGCAUGAAGACCCAGCUAAGAACUGUCCUCGAUUCUGGGAGGAACUCUUCCUGAUGAAGGUGAACCUGGAGUACUUGGAGGCGAAACUGGAGUCGCUGGAUGGCGAAGAGCUGAUGAAGCUGAAGGACAACAUUAACAGCCUCUUCCAGCACUGUAUAGUAUCCUUAAACGAGGAGCACCAGAUCAAGGUGGUGAAUGCUUUGCAGACGCUGUGUGCACUGAUCCGAGGAGUCCACCAGAAGAACAAGCCAACCUCCGGCUUCGACAUCAUCAACAUGUUAAUGGGCUUCGACAAGGCUGAGCUCAGGAUGAAGGAUCUGGUAGAGAGUUUGGACUCAUUACUGUGUGGUGAUGGUUCAGAGAGUUUGAAGAGUCUCUGCCUUAAGCUGCUGCUCUGUCUGGUCACGGUUACAGACAACAUUAGUCAGAACACAAUCUUGGAGUAUGUGAUGAUUAACAGUAUUUUUGAAGCCAUUCUCCAGGUUCUGUCGGUGGCCUCCAGCAGAGUGCAGCACGGUAACGAUGGUGUAGUGCUCCUGGCACUGCUUGUUAAUUAUAGAAAGUAUGAGUCUGUGAACCCGUACAUCGUGAAGUUGUCCAUUGUCGAUGAUGAGGCCACAUUAAAUGGAAUGGGACUGGUCAUAUCGCAAGCACUGAUGGAAUAUAACAGGCAGUACAAAGAUAAAGAAGAGGAAAACCAAGGGGGAUUCUUCUCUGCUCUGACCAACAUGGUGGGUAACAUGUUCAUAGCGGAAGUAGAGGAGAAGAUUUCAGUCCAGACUAAUGAGGCGAUCCUGCUGGCACUAUACGAAGCCGUCCACUUAAACAGAAACUUCAUCACAGUAUUAGCACAGAGCCAUCCCGAGAUGGGGCUAGUUAGUAUUCCAACGACGCCUGUACUGCCGACAACUCCCACCACACCCUUGGGAACCACGCCUCCUUCGUCAGAUGUGAUAAAUACCACAGAGCUUCCACUGGAUGCAAAUCUUCACACCAGUAACUUGCUGAUUACCUUCCUCAAGUAUUGCUCCAUAGUCAUGCAGGAUACAAAAGAUGAGCAUCGGUUGAACAGUGCCAAACUGUGCCUGAUCAUACUCACCUGUAUAGCAGAGGAUCAGUACGCAAAUGCCUUUCUCCACGACGACAACAUGAACUUUCGGGUCAACUUGCACAGAAUGCCCAUGAGACACAGAAAGAAAGCUGCCGAUAAGAACCUUCCUUCUCGUCCUCUGGUCUGUGCUGUGUUGGAUCUAAUGGUGGAAUUCAUGGUCACGCACAUGAUGAAAGAGUUCCCUAUGGACCUGUAUAUGCGUUGCGUUCAGAUUGUCCACAAGCUCAUCUGUUAUCAGAAGAAAUGUCGAGUGCGGCUACAUUACACGUGGCGUGAACUCUGGUCAGCACUAAUCAAUUUGCUGAAGUUUGUGAUGUCGAACGAGACAGUGCUAUUGGGAAAACAUAAUAUCUUUGCUCUGGCUUUAACGGUGGUGAAUUUGUUCAACGUGUUCAUUACCUAUGGUGACACUUUCCUUCCCACACCGAGCAGUUACGAUGAACUUUACUACGAAAUCAUUCGAAUGCACCAAGUCUUCGAUAACUUGUAUUCAAUGGUUCUGAGGCUCUCAACAAACAGCGGUCAGUGGAAGGAGCCAGCAAGCAAGGUCACGCACGCGCUCAUCAACGUCAGAGCCAUCAUCAACCAUUUUAACCCCAAGAUAGAGUCGUAUGCGGCAGUCAAUCACAUCUCACAGCUCUCCGAAGAUCAGGUGCUGGAGGUGGUGCGCUCUAACUAUGACACACUGACACUGAAGCUGCAGGACGGCUUGGACCAGUACGAGCGAUAUUCGGAGCAGCCCAAAGAAGCAGCCUUCUUCAAGGAGUUGGUCCGCUCCAUCAGUCUUAAUGUGAGGAAGAAUCUUGCUGUGAACACUCUGAGCCAGGAAACCUUGCUGAAAGAAUUCUCCUCCAUAUCCUGAAAGAGACUCCGGCUUUCCACCUACCCGCUCCCAAUGCACUGAUCUCUCCAUUUCCUCUCCUUUCUCCCAGUGGAUUACUUGUGAAAUGAACAAUGAGGACUGACUUCCUGUGGUGCCUGUGACUGCUGGCUGUUUCGUUGGGAACUCUUCCAGAUCCACCCCCAUCUCCACAGCAGCAGAGAGGAGCUCAGACUCUGUGUCCCUGGCACCAGUUACUGCACCCUGGCCAGCAUUCAUCUCUUUCAGCUGCUUCCCUGUGAGAGUCUUUGCAGAGUCGCUAUAUGGUCACACCAACUGGGCACCAACACUGCCCUGGCCCGCCUUCAGUACUUGAAUUCCCGAUACAAGCUUCCUCUCUCCAGGUCAAGGGGAACUCUGUGACUAGUCACCACAGCCUUGAAAAUGCAAGGAUUUCUUGGUGUGUUGGGAGUCAAACGCGAGGAACGUUGGAAAUACCCAUUAGUUCUCUCACUAUCUGCGGAGGGAGAAACACCUCGAGCAAAUGAUCUUCCAAUUUGAGUUAACUGUCCCAUUCCCGACUUGUUUGUACCCAACUUCUGUGGAAAUCAGAGUCACAGGUUUAUGAGGAAGAGGGUCCCCAACCUGAGAGUAGAUGCCUGAUAACCUCAGUUUAGUGAUAGUUGCCCACAGCCGGUGCAGGUAUGCAAAGGUCUGCUGUGAGCCAGAGUGGUUUUUAUCUUUAAUUUUUUCAGUGGUGAUCCUUACUUACUGUGUUUCCUAGAGGUGCUGGUGGCUGCAAGGCAAACAAUUCAACCUCUGUAACCCGCGUUAUCCGAGAAUAAAGAGAUGUAACCUAU